AAUUCUUAUUUCAAAGAAAUACUAUGAUAGUUUAAAACAAUCAAAUUGGUCUCUCUUCUAUUUUUUUAUGAUCGAACCGAAUUGUUGUUGUUUGAUUGGUUCGUUUCCUGACUUUUCAUUUCUGUGCAAUGAGGUGCCACAAAGCAUCCAACGUAAAUCUCGUUUAUUAGCACAUUUUGCAAAAGUUGUACAAAAAAGAAUACACAUGAGAAAGAGUGACUAUCACAAAUGAUCGAAACACAGCAGCAGCAGAAAAGAAAAAAAGAACGACCGAAGGACCAAACAUCGAAAUGUUUACCACAUGGGUUCGGUUACAUUGUUUUUCUCAGAAUUGGAUUUGUGUGAAUAAAAAUGUGAAAUUGCAUUAUUAUUGUUGUUGUUGUUGUUGUUUUCGGGCAUUGAGACGACACAUGAAAAAGGUUGAGCCGCAUUCCCCGAGCCAUGAAAGAUCAUUUCGUUGAUGCACAUUUAAAAGCCCACAUGUGCACUCCUGCUCGAGCAGGCGCUGUGAAGUAUUGUAUGUGUAUGUGUUUGUGUAUGUGUGUUGGGUGCAUUGCAUUGAAUUGUGUAAUAUACAAUGCGUAUGGAUUCAGAUUUUGGUGUGUUGCUAUUGUGUAUGGAAUCUGGGCGUUUCAGCCCGUUGCACUUAUUUUACACUAUCUUCUAUUUUCAACAACACGUUUCAUGAAUGAACUGAGUGUCACGUAGACACUAUACAAAAUCUCUUUCACAUUCUUUCCUUUCGAGUUGUUCCUUAAGAAAUGCUUUCGCUUCCAUGUGGAUUUUUUGGCACAUUUUUUUUCUAUCUAGAGCGGGCAAAACACUUUGAGUAUGUCCUUCGCAGAGAUUAUUUAUGAGUUCAACAAACAUUUCGGCAGAAGGCACGUGCGCAAAAUUCGAAUGUUUUAUUACUGGUUUUCAAUUGUAAUCACCAUAUUUGAUUAUUCAUUGAUACCAGCCCUUUUUUAUUUCAAUGUCGUAUUUUAUUUCUUUUUAUACUCUGAACGGUAUAACGUAAUGGAAAAACUGCAACCAUUCGAAAGAGAAGAACGCAAAGUAAACCACAAUGUAUCAAAGCAAAAAAAGCGAAAUCAUAUACGUAAAAGUUUGACUACGCAAAAAAGGCUUGAUAAACAAACAUGCUAUUCAUACCACAUAUACGCUCUCUAUCAAUUUAAAAUGCGAUGUUAUAAACUUAACCUUUUUCGAAUUGUCGUUCGUCGUCAUUUGCUCUGCUCAAUGAACGAUUAUAAACAUUUUUACACACAGCAUAAACACAUAUUCCGUCAUAAAACGAUUGGCCGUGUAUGUGUGAAUUGUGCGCAUUUUUAGUGUGAAAUUCAUUACGCAUCAUUAAUAUUUUUUUGCUACAUUUUUGUUGUUGCUGAGUGUUGAAGAUCAUUCAUCAUUGGAUCUAUGAUUAAAUCGAAAUUAAAUUUUACAUCGGCUUCGCAACACGAAUACACCACUAAAUCAUCGGCCACUAAACACCUCAAAGACUGAAUAAAUAACACCAGAGAGUCAGUAAUUGGCGCAGAUUUUAAUGUAAAAUGCCACUACAAGAUCAAACUGUGGAGAAUCAUCCGAAUGGAUCUCUUGGAGUAUCCGAAAAACUGCUGAAGAUUCCCUCACAACAAAUAAAUGGGAAAUUCACCCAAAAGAAAGUUGAAGAGGAAGAAGAUGAGGAAGUGACCCCAACAGCUGAUGUAGUCGUGCCGUUAGACGGCGGCUAUGGAUGGGUCAUAGUUGCAGCUUCAUUCAUUUGCUGCCUUAUCGUUGAUGGGAUUGCAAUGAAUGCGUCCAUUUUUAAUGAGGAACUAAAGCAAGAAUUUGGCCUAACAGAUGACACAAAGGUUGCAUUUGUGGCUUCACUUCUUCAGGGAUUCUAUUUGAUAGCUGGUCCGUUUGUCAGUGCCAUGGCGAACCGUUGGGGAUUCAGACCGAUUACGAUAGCUGGUGCAUUUGUUGCAUCGGCUGCUUUUGCUGUAUCAUCACAAGCAGAUGGUUUACCAUUUUUAUAUAUUACGUUUGGUUUGAUCGGUGGCAUCGGAUUCAGUAUGAUCUACAUUCCAGCUGUCAUAAUAGUUGGAUACUACUUUGAGCGCUGGCGUGCUUUGGCAACUGGUAUUGCGAUGUGCGGUUCCGGUGCUGGUACAUUUGCGAUCGCUCCAUUGGCCACAUUUUUGAUCGACAAUUGUGGAUGGCGACAUGCGUUGUUAUGGUUGGCAAUGAUCAUUUUGGUGACUGUUUUGUGUGGUGCUUUGUUCAGACCACUUGAGUCGGUACAAAUUACACUUGAAGAAGGUGAUCAGCCGGCUGAGAUAAAAGACGUUGAAAAACCAAGCUUACCAGUUGUAUUUACAAAGCCAUUAGCCGAAGGAAGAUACGCAUUUUCCGUGCCAAAUAGUUCGCAUAACACGUGGAUUGGAGCUAGCAGCAAUACACGAUAUCCAACUGCUGCGGAAGUGUUCCGUGGCAGUGGUGCCAAUUUGGAUCGUCGUACGUCGAUCACACCAUCAGCCACACCAACAGUAACAUCAGCAACAACUCAAUUAAAUGCCGGUAACAUUCAUCACACAACAAAAAAACUGGAACAAUUGUCGAAAGCCCAACAGAAACGAAGCGGAAAUGCAACGCCAACGGAUGAAACUGCACCAGCAGCGCCACAAUUUAAUUUACACAAAGAAUUGAACACGGUCGGUGAAGAUGAUGAGAAUGAAAGCGAAGCAUUGAUCGAGGAUGGAGCCAAGCCACAAUUAACAGCACGAAGACACACAGUGUCUGGCCGACGACCAAACAUUCUAGCAAACGGAACGGCAAAGAAAGAACGACGCAGUGCACAUCAACACCUUGGCAGCAGCAACCGUCCAUUGUAUCGUGAUGAUAUCUUCUUCAGCGGAUCAUUGGUUCGCAUCCCAGGCUAUCAGUCACAAACUUCACUACAAUAUCACAUGACCGUCACUCGUAUGCCAACACAAAAUGAUGUCGAAGAAGAAGAAAAUGCAACAUGUAAAAUAUGCCCAGAAGCAGUCCGUCGUACACUCGCUACUAUGUUGGAUAUGAGCUUAUUGAAGUCACCAUCAUUCAUGCUAUUAGCUGUCAGCGGUUUUCUAUGCAUGAUGGGAUUUUUUGUGCCUUUUGCGUACGUGUAUAAGCGUGGAGUUGCAGCCGAACUUGAUGACGGUGUUGCUAAGUCCCUUGUGCCAGCCAUCGGUAUUGCCAACACAGUCGCUCGUGUCGUUUGCGGUUUCUUAAGUUCGUUGCCAAACGUUGAUGCUAAUCUUCUCAGCAACAUUGCCAUUACUUCAGGCGGUGUUGCGACCAUCAUAAGCGGUAUUUCUAUUACUGCAGGCUUUCAAUUCACAUAUACUAUCAUUUUUGGAUUGGCCAUUGCUUGUUUCUCCGCCCUCCGUUCGAUCAUUGCCGUCGACUUGAUGGGAAUUGAAAAGUUAACGAAUGCAUUUGGAAUUUUGAUGUUGUUCCAAGGAUUGGCUGCUAUAAUUGGUGGUCCAAUUGCAGGUGCAUUGUACACUGCAACAAAAAAUUAUGAUUAUGCCUUCUACUUUUCCGGUGCUCUAAUCACAUUAUCGGCCAUCCUUUGCUAUCCCAUCAAAGCAGUCAACCGAUGGGAGAAGAAGAGUGCCCAAGAAACAUCAAAAGUCAGUCCAGCCGUGUAGAUUUGUUUUGUCAACGAUAUCUCUAUUCAAUUAUUUUUUGAAAAGAGAGAGAAGAAGACGAAAAAAAUUAUAUACGUUCUUAAAUGUUGAAAUGUUUUGAUGUCUCGAAACGUUUUUUCUUUGCGUUUUAGCAUACUAGAAGAGAAUUUCUUUUCCUUUUGUUGAUUGGUAAAAAUUACAUAUUCUUACCGUAAUGUGACAAAUGGAAAAAAUUAACACAUAUAUAGAUAGAAAGUAAAAUGAACCUGUGAGCAUAAAAACGACUUAUUCAACAAUCGCUGAACAAAACGAUACAAGAAAAAACUACCGAACAAAACGUACCACAGCGGUAAUGUGUAGCACAGCGGAGUUUCGUUUUGAAUGGUAUCGUCCUGCUGUGUUACGUUUUUAACGUGUGUUUUGUUUGGUAGUUUUUUCUUGUAUCGUUUUGUUCGGCGAUUGUUUAAUAAGUCGUUUUUAUGCUCCCCGUGAGCAAAUGGUCUUUAGAAAAAAUGUUUAAAACAUAAAACAUAUCGUUGAACGGUUGUGCAGCGAGAGCAUUGAUUGAAAAAAAUCAACAAAAUAUGACUACAGUAAUUCGAAGUUAAAUAUUAGUAGAAAUUAUCUAGUGCUAAGAAGAUACCUUCAGGAGUAUCAUUGAAGAGAAAAGACACACAUCAAAUCAGACUUCCUUUUUUUAUUGUAAAUAAAAGAAAAUUGUUAACAAUUAAGUUAGGCUUAAUUCCGAUGAUAAGAUUGACAUUUAUUUUAUUUUAAUGAGUAUGUUUUUUAAUAACUGUCCAAAAUUUCGAAACUUUUUCAUGAUGUUCACUGACGAAAAAGAAAAGUUUCUUUUCAAAUACUUUGUAUACGAUGUUUAAUGGAACGUAUGAUCCAACAUUCAAUAAAAUAUCAACAGCGUUUGUUAUUUGGAUCAAUAUGCGAGCAUUUACUUUUGAUAGAAAAUUCGACUUGAUCAUAUUUUAAUGUGAAUGUCACAUUACACGAUAUGAACAACACAAGCAAAAGUAUUUCGAGUACUUACAUUUUUUUUUAAAAAGAAAUUUUACAUACAUAUUCAAACUGUGUAAUAAUUGAAGAGAAAAAAAAUAAAAAUUUCGACUUAUUGACAAA